AUGCGUUCACGGCUGGGACGGUCGAUGGGGCGAGCCUUGAUCGCCCAUCCCAAAGACGUGCCUGAGAUCGUUCAGGAGCUCCCAUAUGGCACUUCCUACCGACCCAUGGAUCGGUCGGACAUUGAGGCCUUCCUGGAGCAGAGCGAGCGCCUGGUGAACCUCAGUGAGGACUUGGCCGGACAAAAAGACUGUCGGCCGCGAGGAAAACGUGAUUUGAGACGGCUGGCUGCUCCUGAGAACUUCUUGAGGAUCAUGACGAUCACGGAGGUUCCUUCCAACUAUGGACGCAAGGAUAUCGCGUACGUGAUCAAACAGCAUUGUAAUGUGGUGGUGGAACCUCGGGAUAUUGUUUUCCGAUUCAAGAGGUGGGGACGUCAGGCAGACACUUGCUAUGUGCGAUGCCCCACAGCUGAGUCGGUGGACCAUUGCGUGCAACAAAUUCAGGAGUUGGCAGUGCCCAAACGGGCGGCGCACGGUGCUCUCUUCGGAGCUGCCUUCCUAUGGUCCAGCCGAGGCUACGGCAGCAAGAUGUGGGUCUUCAGCACCGGCUGGCAGGAGGCCCUGAAGCGGUUUCGCCGCUUGAAGUGGCGCUGGCGGAUCAAGCAGACGGUGCCGUUUUACGGGUAUGCUCGUCGCGUGGAUUUGCACCGUGCCAGUGAAGAUCGUUACGAAGAUGAGAUGAGCGAGAGUGAUUCUGACAUUGAUGAGACCUGCACCCUCCUCGGUGCCGUCCUCGUCGCGGUGUGCGGGAGCGGGGAUGGGCGACGGGAGGGUCCAGGUUUUCGUUUGUUGAGUUCGGUGGCCAAAGGCGGUGCGAAACGCACGCCAGAAACUCAGGUGAGCAUCAACACCAGCAUCACCUCGCCCUUUGUCUAUAUGGCUUUGGGAAGUCUUCCCUUGCUCUCGGUUCAAUCGGGCUCCACGGCCGCCCUCUGCUUGGGUGAACUCGUCGCCGCGCGCGAGGCGGGCGAGGCGGGACUGGCUGACGAUGCCGCCGCCGCCGCGGCCAAUCUGGCAUCGAUGAUGGCCGUCUUGGUGGGGGCCAUGCACUUCGCCAUGGGCAUUUUCGACUUGGCCGCAGUGGUGGAGCUUUUCAGUCAGCCCUUGUUGCGAGCACGCACGGGAGCGGCCGCGCUGGUGGUGAUGCUGGCACAAGCGGAGGAGCCCUCCGCCCGGUGGGCUUUUUCGGGAUGGACGUGGCAGCUGAUGUCGUCGGCGCUGCCGACGGCCGUGCUCACGGCCUUCCUCUCCUUAGGAAGUCACCUCACGGUGGCUCAGCGUGUACGCCGGCCUCAAGAUCCGUGGCAGCCGCGCCGGGAACUUCUGGCGCUGGGCGCCAGUAGUCUGGCUGCCUCCACCCUGGGUGGGAUGCCUGUCAUGGCCAAUCUGGCAGUCUGCCAGGCUUUGCGAAGUGGAACUGGUUUCUUCGCUACCUUGGGCAGCAUUUUGGGUCACCUUGGCGCGUUCUACUUGGUGGCCAAGCUGAGAUUGAUGAUCCCCAGGUGCGCUGUAUCAGUGAUCUUGUUGGUGGAGUUUGCUCCGCUCCUAAGUAGCCUGCCUUCGGAGCUGCGGCAUCUCUACCGGCAAGCGCAGAGCGCGUGA